CCUCGCGCAAGCUUGCCGAGCGGAUAAACAAGAUGUCCCAAUCAGAACGGCGGCGCAAGCGGGACAAGGUGCAGAAGGAACUCUCGGCGAAGGAGGGCCUCCUGUCUGCCUUGGCAACACCGGGGGACGCCGGCGACAAAAGCGAGCAUUAUGGGACUCUCAAGCGUUACGGCUACACACUCAGCAGCUGCGUGGGUUUCUCAUGAAAGACUAUUUUCGUGAUCCGUCGGGCUAAACUACUUUAUCACGCAAAGAUACUUUUUGGCUUCGGUCGGGCUACUUAGCAUCGCGAGUUCAUCGAUGUAGGGGCUGAGUGUGUAGCCAACAGCUGAGAACCCCAUACACGCGCUGCCUCGGUUUCGGGUGCGGGGGACGGUGGUGCCAGUAAUGUGGCAG